AUGAAUGGGAGAGUUUCUCUCAACAUGUCUCUACAUGAGCUGAGCGUCCGAAAUCCUUGGUUCCCGACUCAUCCUCUGCUAUGGACCGAACGACACCUGCAGCUCGUAAACUGCACAUUUCAACAACUCGAAACUCCUACCGAAGCCGGUGAGCACCAAGAGGAUACCGUCGGUGACGUAGAGGAUUUCGCGACCGAAUGGGAAUGCGGUAUGAAAGGUUUUUGUUUUCGCCUGCUGGUCGAUCGCGAUGGAAGUCCUUGGAAACCUGCUGCUGGCGCACCGGCUUUCGACUACGCUCAGCAUGAGAUAUAUCGACUGGAUUGUGGCAUUUACUUGACGCCGGCUGUACCUCCGUCAGAGACCAGCCCUGCACGACUUAUGGUGAGCCCUUAUGAAUACGCUUGGGCAACAGAUCGACGUCGAGCGAAAUGUUACCCUUGGAAGCAUGCGGCGGGAGAGGAAGCUGCCCAGCGGCUAUGUGAGCGCAGAUUACGACAAUGUGCGCCUGAGACUUGGACUCGAGAUCCAUAUCUUGUCUGUAUCAUGUUGUCUCUAGCACAGGACGACUGGUAUCGGUCUCUCCACCAAAGCUAUCCGGUGUGUCUUAUCGUCUGCAAUGAGACCGACAAGGCUAAUGCCUACGUAUAUCAUGCCGAGUUCCCUUUGGAUAUUACGGAAGGAUUAAAGACUCCUUCGUUACGUAUAUCUACUUGGCCUACGAUCUACUAUACUAAGAUCCCGUUUGAGCCAUACGGAAGCUUUCUCGACCAUCUCACUACAAGAAUCCUGGGGGUUAAGGAGGUCAACACGUCAAUUGCCGAGUUGACGAAGGAACGCCAACGCUGCGAUGGAAGCGACAGCACUGAGAGAGGCUGCAAGAGAGUCAUUCCAAACAUUCUGGAGGGCUUGAAGACUCUCAUCUCCAAAUGGUAG